AAAAGCUUAGGAAUGCCUGGAAAUCAGGAGAUUAUGAAACGGCAAUGAUGAAGCGAAUUCCAUCGUCGUUUUGAGAGUUCUCUUUCUUUUUUCGACUAGAGUCUAAAACCAAAACCAAAACCAGCCACCGUACGGAACCCAUUCCUUAGUUGGCUAGUUCUAGAGCCUUUGCUAUUGUCUUCUUCUUUUCCGACUCUUUCGUAAUUCCAAACUUUCUCUCUCUAAAUUUCUUGUUUUCUCUCUCCUGAAUUGCGGACAUGGCGGAGUCGGUGGAGCUACCAGCUCGGCUUGGGAUCCUUCCGUUCAGGAACAAGGUUCUCUUGCCUGGCGCCAUAAUUCGAAUUCGAUGCACUUCGCCGAGCAGUGUGAAAUUGGUGGAGCAAGAGUUAUGGCAGCGGGAAGAGAAGGGAUUAAUUGGCAUUCUUCCUGUCCGAGAUGCCGCUGAGACGACAACUGUGGGGCCCGUGUUAUCUCAAGGUGUGGGAAGUGAUUCUGGAGAGCGGAACUCAAGAGUUCAAGUGGGUACCUCAGAUUCUCACAAGCUUGAUGGGAAAAAUCAGCAGGAAGCUAUUCAUUGGCAUACAAGGGGAGUUGCCGCUCGUGCUUUACAUUUGUCGAGAGGAGUGGAGAAGCCGAGUGGGAGAGUUACGUAUAUAGUUGUCCUUGAAGGCUUGUGCAGGUUCACUGUCCAGGAACUUAGCACAAGGGGAACAUAUUACAGUGCAAGGAUAUCUCCUCUUGAAAUGACAAAGGCUGAGAUGGAACAAGUGGAACAAGAUCCGGAUUUCAUAACAUUGUCUCGCCAGUUCAAAGCAACCGCCAUGGAGUUGAUUUCUGUUCUUGAGCAGAAACAAAAAACUGGAGGCAGAACGAAAGUUCUUUUGGAGACAGUACCAGUUCACAAGUUGGCAGACAUAUUUGUUGCUAGCUUCGAGAUAAGUUUUGAGGAGCAACUGUCUAUGUUGGACUCAGUUGACCUGAAAGUACGGCUUUCAAAAGCAACCGAGUUAGUUGAUAGGCAUUUACAGUCCAUACGUGUAGCGGAGAAGAUUACACAAAAAGUUGAAGGUCAGUUGUCAAAGUCACAAAAGGAGUUUCUUUUGAGACAGCAGAUGAGAGCUAUCAAAGAGGAGCUUGGGGACAAUGAUGAUGAUGAAGACGAUGUAGCUACCCUGGAAAGAAAGAUGCAAAGUGCAGGAAUGCCUUCAAAUAUUUGGAAGCAUGCACAGAGGGAAUUACGGAGGCUUAAAAAGAUGCAACCCCAGCAACCUGGAUAUAAUAGUUCACGAGUUUACCUAGAGCUUCUCGCUGAUCUUCCUUGGCAGAAAGCCACUGAGGAACUUGAAUUUGAUUUGAGAGCUGCCAAAGAACGCCUUGAUAUUGACCACUAUGGUUUAGUCAAAGUCAAGCAGCGUAUCAUUGAAUAUUUGGCUGUUCGCAAGCUCAAACCAGAUGCCAGAGGUCCUGUGUUGUGCUUUGUUGGCCCGCCAGGUGUUGGGAAAACGUCUUUGGCUUCAUCUAUUGCCGCUUCUUUGGGAAGAAAAUUCAUACGCAUAUCUCUUGGUGGUGUCAAGGAUGAGGCUGAUAUUAGAGGGCAUAGGAGGACAUACAUUGGAAGUAUGCCGGGGAGACUCAUUGAUGGGUUAAAGAAAGCAGGUGUCUGUAAUCCUGUCAUGCUGCUGGAUGAAAUUGACAAGACGGGGUCUGAUGUACGUGGUGAUCCAGCUUCAGCACUAUUGGAGGUUCUUGACCCUGAACAAAAUAAGACGUUCAAUGAUCACUAUUUGAAUGUUCCAUUUGACCUUUCAAAGGUGGUUUUCGUGGCAACUGCAAAUAGGAUUCAGCCUAUUCCUCCACCACUCUUAGACAGGAUGGAAGUCAUAGAGCUGCCUGGAUACACAUCUGAAGAAAAGCUGAAGAUAGCUAUGGGUCAUUUAAUUCCACGAGUUCUUGAUCAGCAUGGCUUGACUUCUGAGUUUCUCCAAAUACCUGAGCCCAUUGUGAAACUUGUCAUUCAGAGAUACACUAGAGAAGCUGGUGUUCGAAAUUUGGAAAGGAACUUAGCGGCUUUGGCUCGUGCUGCAGCAGUAAGAGUUGCAGAGCAAGAACAAAUGGCCCCUCUUAGCAAAAAUGUGGAACAGCUUGCUUCACCAAUUAUAGAAAAUAGACUGGCUGAUGGAGCUGAAGUGGAAAUGGAGGUCAUCCCAAUGGCUGUAAAUAAUCAUGAUAUAUCGAAUACAUUCAAGGUUGUUUCACCAUUAAUAGUGGAUGAGGAUAUGCUGGAGACAGUCCUUGGGCCUCCUAGGUUUGAUGAUAGAGAAGCAGCAGAGCGAGUUGUAGCACCUGGUAUAUCUGUUGGGCUUGUCUGGACUUCUUUUGGUGGAGAGGUCCAGUUUGUGGAAGCUACAGCAAUGGCAGGAAAGGGUGAAUUACAUCUAACUGGUCAGCUGGGAGAUGUUAUUAAAGAAUCAGCGCAAAUAGCAUUGACAUGGGUAAGAGCCAGGGCAACUGAUCUUAAAUUGGCAGCUGCUGAGGGAAUCAAUCUUUUGGAAGGUCGAGAUAUACAUAUACAUUUUCCUGCUGGGGCUGUACCCAAGGAUGGGCCAUCAGCAGGUGUGACACUGGUAACUGCACUGGUUUCAUUGUUCAGUCAGAAAAGAGUAAGAGCAGAUACGACAAUGACAGGGGAAAUCACAUUGAGGGGUCUUGUCCUACCCGUUGGUGGCAUCAAGGAUAAGAUAUUGGCAGCGCAUCGUUAUGGCAUUAAAAGAGUUAUCCUUCCAGAGAGAAACUUGAAAGAUUUGGUUGAAGUACCACCGGCUGUGCUAGCCAGUCUAGAGAUUUUACUCGCGAAGCGAAUGGAAGACGUGUUAGAGCAAGCUUUCGAAGGUGGAUGCCCUUGGCGACAGCUCUCGAAGUUAUGACACACCUUAAUGCUUCUCUAACUUGCAAAAUCGAUUAAAUUGCUUUACCUGGUUGUCUCAUCUACAUAGCAUGUAGCCCUUGGUAUUUGCUCGGGAGGAGCCUUCGGUGAAUUCGAGAAAACAGAAUGUUGAUCAAGUAAACACGGCCAUUGAGUAAAUAUGUAAAAGGAAUUCAUCUCGUCGCAAAUGUCCAAGAAUCCAACUUCUUUUGAGAUUUUGGAUGGAAAAUUAUAAUUGACUGAUGUUUUUUUUUCUUUUCCUCCCGAUGUCAAAUUGUAUCUUAGAGUACGGCAGCCGCUCCUGGUCUUUUUAUCACUUGGUGCUUUAUGUAAUUAUAAACUACUUGUGUAUUAACUAUUCAAUUGAGGAAGGGACAGAUCCCCUAUUUAUGUGUUUCCCAAA